GCUUAAUUUCCUACCCCUUUCUCUCCUCUUAGCUAGAAGAUUCAUUUUCCAAGACUUUUGGUUGGUCUUCGAGGUAUAUACAUGGUUGACCUAUUCAAUGUUCAAAAAGAUGUGUUAUUGACCAUCAAAUUAUUAUGCCAAAGACACGGGUGGUUGUUGUGGGAAUGUGGGGUAGUUGAUGCCUUGCUAUGUGGUGACCGUGCUUGAUUGUGAAACAUGAAAAGGACUAAUUGAAAUGACAAAACAUAGGCAUUGAGGUCAAUGACUAUUGGCUAUUCAUUCCAUUUGAAAGGAGAAUUGACAGUUGCACCAAUAAAAAUUUUUGUACGUUGUAGCAGUGUAUAAAGUUGACGGACUGCAAUUGAAUUGGAAUAUGGGGGCUACCAUAUUCUUUGUGGGGCUGGCUGGUGGCAAGCAUGUUAAUGAUUAUGAAAAUGAGUUUCCAAGCAUGUUAAGAGAAAUCAAGAUGACACCAAAAGCAUGUCAUAAAUUUUGAAUGACAUAAUUGAUUAAGCAUAUAUUUCAUGUUUAACUCUCUUAAUGCUAGCAAUUUGAUUAAAUAAGAACAGAAAUACAAGAUGUCAACUCAACCGGUUUGUCAUUUAAAUACCAAUUUAAAUAUCCAAUCUAAAUACUACUCAAUUUUUAUUAUUAACCGAACGUACUCAUUUAACUUCAAACUCAACCGGUUUGUCACACGUUGCUGCCUUGCUGGCCUGCUGCAGUCUGCAGUUAAGGCUGUUAAGAUAAGAUAGUUUUUACAUUGCAGUUGAAACGUGGAUAGCAGAAUGCUCUUGAACACCAACACGUCUCAUUAGCAUGACUCUACGUGCCCUUAACCGUUUCCCUAUCCAUUGCAUGCCUUUAAUAUAAUUAAAGUCCCCUCAACUUUAUCUUCUCUUCAACUCAAGUCAGUUCUUGCAGCUUCCCAACACACAAAUUUCAGCCAUGGGACAAGGCGAAGAUUCGAAGACCAAAAAUGAAUCCAGCGUUCAAGUUCAGGAAAGAGGAGAAAUUUUUUUCUUUUACAGACCAAAAGUAGGCAAACAAGAAGUACAUGACCCCGAUGAUGUCCAACGUUUAUACAUCGUUCUCCGUCCAGAGUCUGGCGAACACUCCAUCGAAGUAAAGCAAGAUCCUCAUUCUGGCAAGGAAGGUGAAGAGCUUGGUUCUCACAUGGAUCCUGGAAAACCUACCCGCGAUAUUUCCUCCGAUAAAGAGCAUUCGGGUGGCGAGGGAGGAAGUGGGACACAAGAAGUUAACAUUGAAAAGGAGCCUUUGCUCCGGUUCAUUGUAAUGGGCAGGAAAAGUCUCCCUGAUCCUAGCAAGAGAAAGGGACACCGUCCUUAUUGGGGUUUCGUAGAAAUGGUGACAACGAAAAUCGACGAUGUUAAAGCGGCUCUGAAGGGGGAAGAAUAUGACACGUCGACUAGAGGACACCGUGUAGUAGCAGCAGCUAGAGCUGUAGGAGAAGGUGUUUAUAGAAUCCUGAGACAUAAUCCGAAGAAGAGAAUGCAUACUCAUUUGGUUUACAAGCUUGAAUUUCCAGCUGAGGAUGAGAAGAGCGAACCGCAGGAGGAAUUGAACAUAAAGAGGGAAGGGUCAUUUCUGAUACAGAUCAAGAACCCGGAGCAACCUGGUGGAUCACAGUUUAGGGGGCUUCAGAAAAAGAGGAAGGCUACAUUUCCAGCACACUUGCAAGGUGAAUUUGGGCAGCUGAGGUAUCAUCCGGCCGAUCCACCGGACUUUUUGAACUAUGAAGGGUGUGAAUUUCUGCUGAUAUCUGCUUCUGAUGAUAUAGAAGAGGAAUUGGGGUUGGAACUCAAAACAGAAACUGAAGCGGAACAUGAUCCGUCGUGUUCGGAUUUGGUCAGGACUUUUGGUGAAGCAGCUCCAAUUCGUGCUCUUCUUAGAGGGACUUGGGUGUAGGUUUGAUGCUAAAUAUGUAGAAUAUAAGUUUUAAUGCAGAAAGGUAGUGUAUGUAAAUGAUGGUAGUAAGACUUGUAAUUAGUGACACCCCUUCCUCAACUUCAGUUAUUAUUUUGUUGCAAGUUAGAACGUUUAACAAGUUAAUCCCAAGCGAUUGUUUGUGUUU